UUGCUAAAAAUCACUACUGAAUUUAAUUCAAGUGCACCAGUUACAAGCGUAAGACUUGGCGGCACACAACGUGGAGGAAUACGUCAGAAUUCGAUAUCAUCACUUGGUGUAGCGGCUAGACGGCAACGAGCCGGUAACCGGACACUCGGCACACCGAGUUUUCUGACGCAUUCAUCACCCAUUUCCAACAGCAACAACUCUGCACGAUCUCAGCACAGUGAUGAUACUAGUGAUGGCUAUCGAACCCCUACACCGACAGUAACAUCAGAAAGUGAUGGUAACUUUCUGGAUGCGGCCUUCCUCGGCGGAUUGCCUGCAUCAAGGCCACGUGUACGACGUAUUUCGUAUCAGUCGUCCCCAGAAUGCACUCCUGAACCACCAUCGGAUAGAGAUGAAAAUCGUAACGAUCAUACAUCUGAUGCUGACGAUAAUAAUAAUGAUUCGCCAUUGAUAUCGUCACAGCGUCACCGAAGAAUUCUGAGUGGAAGUGCAACAGCGAAUCAACAUAAUGCGUCACUUCGAGGAGGAGGUAUUACGGCAAUGCGUGUUCGAUCGGCAACAUUGGGAGAGGAUCAUGAUGAUGUGAAUGACGAUGAUGAGACUGAGAAUUUAUCGGUGAUAGGCGGUAGACAGCGUCGUCGAAAACGUGUGGUGUCACUUCAGUCAACCCCAGAUGCUAGUCCAACUCGCACGAAUGCAAUCGCAAAUCAAGGACAAGUAAGUGGAGCAUCACGUUCAUCAAGUGUGGAAAUAUUGAAUGUCGAUAAUACUGUCGUGUUACCAGAUACGCCACCUUCUUCGCGCAAUGAACGACGUCGAACUACACGUCGUAACGGAAAUCGUCGUCGUAGGGGUGCUGGUGCUGGUGGUGAUGCUCUUUUAGAUGGUGGCAAUUCAACGAUUUUGGUGCAAAGUGAUGAGGAAGAAGGGCGAGAUGGAAGCAGUUCUGAUGAACAUUUUCCAGAAACACCUCCGCUGCCUCGUUUGAGAACUGGACGAUACAACAGACAAGGUGGAGCAUUGCUAAGUCAUUCACCUGAUUUUGGAGAAUGGCAGUCAAACAUGGGAUAUGGUCUCACAGGAAUAACAUCAUGGCAUGAAAGUGCCAGUUCAAACCGAACUUUGAAUAGAUCACCAUUGAGGAGUAGAAUAUUACCUGGUUCUCGAAACGUUUCAACAACAAAUCGCUCGAACACCACAAAUUCAUCGACGAAUCAAGAUGCAUCAAGAAGGAGAGCAAAUGUUGUUUCAAGCAGAAACACGAAUUCAUCGUCAACCAAUGGCACUAGUGAUGGCAUUCAUCGCAUCAGUCAAACUGGUCUUGUGGCUUUGGGACAUAACUACAGAACGUAUAGGAAUCAUGCACCGAUACUUUUGAGUGAUUCAACUGAUGAAGAGGAUCACGCUGCGAAUCAGGCGCGACGUGAUUCUAUCGAACUGCCUGUUGACGUAGGCGGAGUAGCGAAUGCAAAUGGACGNCGAGCUCGUACACAACGUUCGAAUACUUUGCUCAAUAAUGAUGGUUUAUUCGGCGACCAGCAGCAAAACACAGGAGCAGUUGGACGAAGCAGUGGGACGGCGUUGGAUUCAGAUGUGGGCAUAUUAUCCACGCAUGCAAAUGCAACUGCUGCAGUAGCAUCUAAUCCGACGAGAAAUCUGAAUUUCAAUUCAUCGCAUUACAUACGUAAUCAAGUUCUUAAUGAGGUUUCACCACGCACUCGUCAUACCAUUGAAGAGCUAUUGGCUGAUGAUGAGGAGCCAGAAUCUGGUGCUGAUCGUGUUGACCAAAGAGGAGUUGAUCGACACCCGACCUCGACAGAUUUGCCAACUGGAAGAUUACGUGCAGAACGGGCGAUCCCUCGAACUUACGGAAUGUUCAAUCUGGCCAGACCGCAACGGGCCGUGGCGAUCCGAGCGGCCGAACUGGCUCGUCGUAAUCGCAAUCUAGGCACAUCACUACUAGGAUCGUUCAUUCCGUCUUCUGAGCUGACGAAUAACUAUCGGAGAUUAGCACCAAUGAUGCGAAACGUUGAGUUGGCGUCCAGUUCAUCGGAUUCAGAUUCCUCCGCGGAUAGUAACCAUAAUGCGGUUUUGCUGGAUGGUGAUAUACAAAUUUUCGGAGACGAACAUCCAACUGAAUCUGGUGCGGCUGCAGCCCGACGUCGUCAAGAAAUGGACGAUUAUCUGUUAGCGUUGAGAAUUGCGGCCGAAAUCGACGAUGAUAUUCCAUCAAGUAGCAGUCAGGCAGCGGAUCGUCAUAAUUCCACAACAUCACGCACUCGUAACAGUCGACGUGCUUCCAACGCUGGUGGCACUCCUCGUCGAUCAGGAGAGCAGUUCCGUAAUCAACGACCCCUGGCACCGGGCGAGCACUGUGUGAUUUGUUACGAAGAAGCGCCAGAUGAACCGGUGGGAUGUCUACGCUGCAGACAAUUAAUUGGAUGUAGACGUUGUAUUCUCAAAUGGAGACGUACCAAUAAUAUCUCCGAACUUAAUAGGCGAUCACCAUUGUCAAUGGGAUGUUCAUCAGUGAAUCAUCGCAAGUGCCCACUGUGUCGUGCAGAAUGGUACGUCGAGCCAGAAAUAGCACCUUGGGAUGAACUUCGUACCGACUGA